ACGUUUGAAACAUUAAUUGUUGUAUGUCGGAAAAUGAAUAUUUCGAGUUUUGCAAGUGUCAUAAUUUUGCGCAAUUUCACGUAGAAUAUUUUUCCAUGCUCGUGCCCUGUGUACAUAACCUCAAAGUGCUCCGUUAAAAAAUGAGCGCCAAAACGAAAGCGCCUAAGGCGAAAGAAGGUGCCCCGGAGGACACGCCGUUGAGGAAGAGGCCGUUCAAGAGGCACGGACGUCUGUACGCAAAGGCGAUCUUCACGGGUUAUAAGCGUGGAUUGCGCAACCAACAUGAACAUACUGCACUGCUGAAAAUUGAGGGUGCCAGGACUAAGACAGAUUCAGAUUUCUACAUAGGGAAACGAUGCGUCUAUGUAUAUAAGGCUAAGAACAAGACCCCAGUACCUGGAAAGACUACGAAGAAAACGAAGGUUAGGGCCAUCUGGGGCAAAGUUACUCGUCCCCAUGGAGCGAGUGGAUCGGUACGCGCUAAAUUUAAGAGGAACCUACCAGCCAAGGCUAUGGGCCGCCGUAUCAGAAUUAUGCUGUAUCCCAGUCGGGUAUAAACUCCUGUAUACUAUAAGAAAAUAAAUGCCAUUUUGGUACAAAAAUC